AUGUUUUUUGGGAGUGGUGUUUUUAAUCCGUCCGAAUUGGCAAAUUCUGUGAUCCUCAACGCAACGAGGUCGACCACGAGGACUAGUCAUGCUGAUGAUGAUGAUGAAAAUAAUACUCAUACGAACAACAAUGGUUCUGGAGGAGGUGCAGGUCCCCGGAGAGUGAGAUUUAGUGUUCGUAUAAGAGAAAGCUCAUCAUCAAAUAAUAAUAAUAAUUCCGAUCCACACCAUCAUCAUCAAAAUAAUAAUAAUAAUAAUUUUAGAACACUGCAUGAGGAUCGGAAUGAUGAUGAUUCUGAGGAUGAUGAAGAAACAAAUCGCUCACAACAACAACAACACUCGUUUACACUACUCUUUCCGAAUACCUCUUAUCAACGCACAGUUCAAACGAAACGGGAAUUUAGAAACAAGGUGAUCUUUUGUUUUGCUGGAAUGAUUUUCUUUGCUUCUAUCGGAAUACCCAUGCUGGUAUUGUGUGGAUUAUAUUUUGGUUAUAUUCGUGAUGGACCCACUUCGAUUGUUGAUGAAAAUGCAAUUACUGUGUUAAUUCCUGGUGGGUGCGUGAUUGAAGCAAUUUGGCAGAAUUGUUUUGUGAUCAAGUAUACAAGAGUUUGUUAUUUUCGGGUUGGAUUUAAUCAAACACACAGUGGCAGUAGUGGGAUUAAGAGUAUAAAUCCUUGGAUGAUGAAUGACCAAGUUUCACACGAGAUUCAGCAACCUGUAAAUGAUCAAUUAAUUAGUGACAAAUUUAUUAUCAACAACAAAAGAGUUCCAACUUUGGAAAUGAAUCGUGAUGACAAGAAUGAGGCAACUUCUAUUAUAUUUGCUGAUGAGAAAAGUACGAAUCAUGCAAUGACAGAUACAACAGGAAAAUAUAAAAGCUUAAUGACCACUCCAGCGUAUGAUAUUACCAUUGAACCAUUUCGUUCUUUGAGAGUGAAUGACACAGUAUUAUGUUAUUCCAAUAAGAACGAAACAAAGGUCUCCAUUAUUGAACCAUCCUCUGAAUUGUAUGAAAGAUAUUACAUGUUUGGAGUGUUCUUAGCAGUUUUUGGAUCCAUUUGUUGUGCCUGUUCACUCUGCACAUGGGUGGCUUUAUUUUCGAGAAGUGUUUCGGACAGUGAGUCUCAUUUUGAUGGAUAG